AUGGGCUCCCUCAGCGUCACAAUCACCCUCCCCCUCCCCUUCUGGCACGUCAACGUCCCCGAGCACGCCCGCACCCCGCAGUGCCCGCCCUUCCUCCUCGACCUCAGCCCAAAGGACCUCCGCACCGUCUCCACCCCGGACGCCGACUACCGCCCCCAGUCCUGGGACGACGUCUGCCGCCUCAUCCGCGCAAACAGCCUCGAGCGCUUCCAGCGCGUGCCCUCCCACCUCCGCCGCUACAAGGCCUUCACCUACCGCCUCGCCCGCACCCACGGCAGCAUCGCCAACUUUGUCCUGCGGGAGCGCCUGCGCUGGGACGUGCCCGUCGUGCCCAGGGGCAACGCGCCAUUCCAGUGCGACGACGACGUCAAGAUUCUCUUCAACGAUUGGCCGUACGGGCUAGAUAAGAGAAUCGUGCAUCUGGUCGUCUGGACAAAGUUCGAGCUCAAGGCGAGUUCCGCGACGGGGGAUUUGACGGAUGAGGCGAGGAAGGAGAUUGAUGACUUUGUGACGAAGAGGUUUCGGUCUCGCAUGCCCGACAAUCAGGUCGUGUGGUUCAAGAACUGGGCUGCUCUCAAGUCGAUCCAUGCCGUGGAGCACUUCCACGUUAUGCUCUUCGACCCGGAUCCCGACUUCAUCAGAGAGGUCACCAAUGGCGAUGUGCCCCAGUGCGACAAGGCUGAUAUAUGA